UAAUAUAGAUGUUUACAUACAAUAACACUCGUUAAACUGGAUUUUAACAUAGAUCUGUAUAUAUACCAGACGAACUUCCAAGUGUAGUUUUUUAUUAUCGUGCUUUAUUCGAGACACACGUCCAAUAGCCAAUAGUCAAUUGGAAUAUGCCAGGUAAAAUGCCAAGGCUCUUCCAUUUUCUUACUGUCGUCGCCGUAUUUGUUUCAUUACAAUCGAGCCAACAACCGACAAUGAAACGAUACCACAAUCUUUACGGCGAUAAUGUGAGCGGAUGCGAAUUGACGAAUAUAUUUGAUUUUGGUAUCGGAACUCUAAACUUUCUACAACAAAGUCAACAUUAUAUGAACCAAGAAGUACCAGAUAUAGUUCCGCAAUUUGGAGCAGUGUACGAUUUCGUGGUAAUAGGCGCCGGAACGGCCGGUGCCACGAUAGCUGCGAGAUUAAGUGAGAUUCAUCAAGUUGAAGUGUUAUUGAUCGAAGCUGGAUCUAAAGAGAAUUUUUUUAUGGAUAUCCCGCUUCUCGUUCACUUGUUGCAGCUAAGCAACGAUAUCAAUUGGAAGUAUCAGACCAAAUCGUCCAACAAAUAUUGUCUUGGUAUGGAAGGCAACAGAUGUAACUGGCCUAGAGGCAAAGUAAUGGGCGGUAGCAGCGUGUUAAACUACAUGAUCGCAACCAGAGGAGGUGCCGAGGAUUACGAUCGAUGGGCUAAGAUGGGGAACGAGGGUUGGGCUUACAAGGAUAUUCUCAAAUACUUUAAAAAGCUGGAGACAAUCGAUAUUCCAGAGCUGCAAUCAGACACUAUUUAUCACGGAACUAAGGGACCGUUACAUAUCUCUUAUCCAUUAUUCCAUACGCUAUUGGCAAAGGCUUUCUUAGAUGCUGGCAAAGAGCUGGGAUACCCGCUGUUGGAUUAUAACGGAAAGAAUAUGAUAGGAUUUUCGUAUGUGCAGUCCACAAUGAUAAAUGGCACCCGCAUGAGCAGCAACAGAGCCUAUCUACACCCAGCAAGAAAUCGCCGGAAUCUUCAUGUGACACGCGAAAGCAAGGUGAAAAAAAUAUUGAUUGAUCAUCAUACAAAUCGGGCGAUUGGUGUGGAAUUUAUUAAACAUCGUCGAAAUAUUAACGUAUUUGCGAGCAAAGAGGUAAUUUUAUGCGCGGGUGCCAUCGGAUCACCACAAUUACUGAUGUUGUCUGGUAUCGGACCGGCCAAACAUCUUAGUAAGCUCGGCAUAAACAUCGUCCGGGAUUUGCCGGUUGGUGAAAAUCUGAUGGAUCACGUAGCUUUUGGUGGGCUAACAUGGGCAGUAGAUGACCCAAUAAGUCUUCAACUGGUUGAUGUGUUAAAUCCCAUUCAUCCAUAUAUGAAAGACUUUUUUAUGAAGCAAUCGGGACCAAUAACAACCUCAGGGUGCGAAGCCCUCGCUUUCAUUAACACCAAGUAUUCAACGAAAUUUCAUGGUUUACCGAACAUUGAACUGAUGUUUGUUGGUGGUGGAAUUAAAGAAGAUUUGAUUCUAUCGAUUAUAAUGGGUUUGAAUAAUCGAAUGCGUCAAAUAUGGAACAAAUAUAGCAACACUUAUCGCUGGACUGUAUUACCGAUACUAUUGAAACCAAAAAGUCGUGGACGGAUAAGAUUAUUGGCCAACGACAUUAACGUUAAACCUGAGAUCGUGCCAAAUUAUUUCGACAAUCCGGAAGAUGUCAAGACAAUGAUUGACGGUAUUAAAGUUGCAUUAAGUGUCGGUCGAACGAAAGCAAUGAAACGGUUUAAUUCACAAUUAUUAAACGAUACUUUUCCUGGAUGUCAAAACUACGAGUAUGAUUCUUAUGAUUAUUGGGAAUGCGUGAUGAGGACGACAUCUUUUACUAGCUAUCAUCAUACUGGCACUUGCAAGAUGGGAUCGAAAGGAGAUCCGACUGCUGUCGUCGACCCUAGAUUAAAGGUGAUUGGUAUUCAAAGAUUACGAGUAGCAGAUGGUUCCAUCAUGCCUGAAAUUAUAUCAUCGCAUACAAAUAUACCUAUUUUUAUGAUUGCUGAGAAACUGGCAGAUAUGGUCAAAGAAGAUUGGGGAUAUUCGAACGAAUCAUGAACAUAACAAUAGUGACAAAUUUUCGAGUAUUAGCUACAUUGAAAACUAGCAAUUCGCAGUACAUAACAAAAACGGAUAAUUAUAAUAAGUUAUCGGAAAAUUAACUGUAGAGAAAUACUUCUAUGUGUAAUCGUCAUUAAAAUAUAAUGAUUAAUAUUUAGUAGGCAAAUCUGAUUUGAAUUGAUAAUAUUUUUUAA